UCAAAAAUCAAUCUGUUGCUGCAUUCUUUUGAACUUUUCCGAAUGAAACCGAGUGAAACCAUUGGCGACAUGUUUACCCGUUUCACGGAUGUCGUCAACGGUCUAAAAGGACUCGGAAAAAGUUUUUCGGAUUUUGAACUCGUAAAUAAAAUACUAAGAUCCCUUCCUAAAAGUUGGGAUCCUAAAGUCACGGCCAUUCAAGAGGCAAAGGAUCUGCGCAACUUCCCUCUUGAAGAACUAAUCGGGUCAUUAAUGACCUACGAAAUGACUUGCAAAGCUCAUGAAGAGCAAGAAGACAUCCUUCCAAAGAACAGGAAGGAUAUGGCACUUAAAACUUCUGAAUACCACUUGAGAGAAAACUCAAGUGAUGAGGACUGUGAUGAUGACUUGGCACUUUUGACAAGAAAGUUUAAGAAAUUCUUCAAAAGAAACAAGUUUAAAAACGAUGUGAAAAAUAAACUUGAACCCAAGAAGGACCAAGUGAUCUGCUACGAAUGUAAAAAGCCGGGACACUACAAGAAUGAUUGUCCCCAAGUCAAAAGAAGAACAUCAAAGAAGAAGGCUCUUCAAGCAACAUGGGAUGACGCAAGCGCAUCUGAAGAAGAAGAGUCCAACACCGAGCAAGUUGCUCAUUACGCCUUUAUGGCCAUCGAAGAGGAGGUAACGAAUUUAUUAGAUGCUGAUUUAUCUUUCGAUGAAUUAUUAAAUGCCUUCCAUGAUUUAUUUGAUGAAUGCAAAGUUAUAAAUAGAAAAUACAAGUUGCUAAAAAAGGUACAUGAUAAUCUUACUUGUGAGUUUGAUAAGUUAAAAGUCGAACAUCAUGAUAGUUUAAAUUCAUGUAUCAAAUGUCAUGAUUUAGAAACUAUACAAAAAGAAAACUUGCUACUUAAGGACACCUUGAAGAAAUUCGAGGUUGGUAGCAAGUCAUUAAACAUGAUCCUUACAAACAAGGGUCAUGCUCCCAAAAGAAGUGGGAUUGGAUUUGUGAGGAGUCCUCACCAAAAUCCAACUACCUUCAUAAAAGGCUCCAUCUUACAUGUUCAACACCAAACCAAGUGCAACUUUUGUUGCAAAUCUGGACACAAGACACAUUGUUGUCCAUUCAAGAAAAUAAGUCCAAGCAAAUUAAUUUGGGUUCCUAAAGGAACCAUGAUAAACUCUAUGCAACAUGAUAGAAAAUGUAGAUCUAUUUAUGAGGCACCCAAAAGCAAAUGGGUACCUAAACAUCAUCCUUUCUUGUAGAAAACUAAACAAUCGCAAGCUAGGAGCAAGAAAUGGUACCUUGAUAGUGGAUGCUCAAGGUGUAACACCCCUCAUUUCCGAAUGUUCGUAUAAAUUUUUGGUGAUAAUGUAAGCAUCUAUUUUAAUUGACAAAAGAAAUAGAGUAUGAAUCAGAGGUAACUUAUUUUUAAGAUUUGGGAGAUCUGUUCAAAAAAAAAAAAAAAAAAAAAGAAAGAAUCUGAGGACCUAUAUGUAAACCCUAAGGACCUAAUCGUGAAUAUGAUAAAAAUGAGGACUAAACUGCAAAAUGCACCAAAUGACAAAUUCCACCGCUUAAGCCUCUCUGCCUUCGUUGUUAAGGAAGCAGAGGAGGCAGCUCGUGGGUGAUCAGGGAAAGAAAAGAAGAAGAAGAAGGAGAAGAGAAAGAAAAUUUGGGGCUUUUAGGGUUUUUGCUUUAAUCUUGUUACUUCGGGUCAAAAUUUGCAAAGGAUAGCGUAUCGCUUGCUUAAAUGUUAAGAAUGGGCUGAGGCAGUGGAAAAUUUAGAAGACGUUGGGCAGAACUUUUGUUAGCAUAUAUGUAGUUGUGUAUAAGCUACCUUGCAUCUAAUGAAAAGUGACUAUGAAUCUAAACCGGUGGAUUUUGUGUAAGUUAAAGGAUCCCUCAUGUAUAGGGUUUUGGAAUGUUAAAUUAAAUUCGUGUAAUGAUAUGAACUUAUGGUAAAUCGAUGAUUGUGGUGACUGCAUAGAUUUCCCCA